GGGUGGGUGGAGGGCAAAGGCUAGAGGGAACAUGAACCAAAGAUGGGUAUUUCUUCCCCCAACCCCGCCCCUGCCACGCAGGCUGAGACCGGCCAGCCAAUCAGAGGGAGGGUGGAGAGCAGGGCGGGGUCUGGCCCUCCCCUACUUCCUGUCUGGAAAGGAAGUCCUCCCUCUCAACUCGGUGGGUCCUCAAUCAUCUGUCUGGGGAGAUCUGCACGUGGUGAUGUGUUCUCCUCAGAAGUAGGUGCUUUUUAAGGGGAGGGGGAGAAGGGAGAGGCGUGGGCAGGGUGCGGAGGCUUUGUUGGCCAGUGGAAGGGGCAACCUUUAAAGCCCGUGGGAUCCUCAGCAGCACUUUUUUUUUUUUUUUUUUUGAGGGCGGGGGAGGCGUCCAAGAUGGCGGGAGCAGAGUAGCGAUAGGAUCCCCCUCAGACUACUUUUUAAAAAAAUGUUAAACAUGUGCAAUUCUUCUGUACAUAUUUCUACAUUUAUCACAUUACACAAGGAAAGUCAUAUAAAAAAAGGGAAAAAAUGAGAAAGAAAACAAAAGCAACAAAAGUUGAAAAUACUAUAUUGUGAUGCACAUUCGGUCUCCUUAGUUCUCUCUCUGGAUGUGAAGGGCUCUCUCCAUCACAAGUCUACGGGAAAUGCCUGGAAUCACCUCAUUGUUGAAAAGAGCCACGUCCGUCAGAACUGAUUGUCGUAUAAUCUUACUGUUUCCUUGUAUAAUGCUCUCCUGGUCCUGCUCAUUUCACUCAGCAUCAGUUCCUGUAAGUCUCUCCAGGCCGCUCUGAAAUCCUCCCUCUGGUCAUUUCUUACAGAACAAUAAUAUUCCAUCACAUUCCUAUACCAGAACUUAUUCAGCCAUUCCCCAACUGAUGGGCAGCCACUCGGUUUCCUGUUCCUCGCCACCACAAAAAAGGGCUGCAGCAAAUAUAUUUGCACAUAGAGGUUCUUUUCCCUUUUUUGUGAUUUCUUUGGCAUACAGACCCAGUAGAGUAGAAUCAAAAACUGACUUAUUCUGGUUGGAUGGGUUCACAACUCUACCAACAAUGCAUCAGUGUCCCAGUUUUCCCACAUCCCCUCCAACAUUUACCAUCUUUUCCUGUCAUCGUAUCCAACCUGAGAAGUGUGUAGUGAUACCUCAGAGUUGUCAGAUCACUUUAAUAUAUAUAAAAUCUUAUUUUCCCCCCAAUUAGAUAAUUAAAACAAUUUGGGCUUUUUAACCAUUUUUAAAAACAGUUUUGAGUUUCCCCCUUUCCCCUUCUGGAGAUGGCAAACAAUCAGAUCUGGGUUCUGCACCUAUAGUGGUUCACAUCCUUCCCGUGUGAGUCAUUUGCUUGGACCACCUGAGUAGUCUUGGGCAUGGCAAGCAGCCCUCCACCAGCCAGAGGAGGAUGCCUGCCAUCUGGGCAUAGGUUGGAGGAACCUGGGAGUGCGCAAAAUCAUCUAUCUUCAAAUAUGUGAAGAGCUAUCAUUUGGGAGGGACUGGAUCUUUUCAGCCUUGGCUUAGAGGGGAGAACUUGGAGCAAAGGCUGGAAGGUACCUAGAAGUAGAUCUAGGCUUGUGAAAAAGAAGUACAAAGUUAGAGUUAAGCAAAAGUGGAAUGGAUGACCUUGGGAGAUAAUGAAUUUCCCAAUCUCUGGAAAUCCUCAAGUCAGGGCUGAAUGGUUAUUUUUUUCUGAAAUGAUACGCACGGUAUUCUCAGUUAGGAAGGGAUUGGACUGGAUGGCCUCAGAGUCUCUUACAAGUCUAAGAUUUUGUGAGAUGAUGGAUAGUGAGAGAUGCGAGGUAGAAGUUGGAGGAAUAAGGAACUGGCAGGAAAUAUGAAGUAAGAGAAUAAGGGAAAAUGGGAGGAAAAGGGGAGGAUGGAUGCUUACUCAGUCACUGACUGGCUUAACAGCCCCAUUCUUCCCUACUUUUUUCCAGUACCAGCUGCUCCAUGAAGGCUGAGACCACCUCAUCUUUCAAAAAAAAAUACUUCUAUUUCCAGCUUUUCCUGUUCCUGCUUUUGCAACUGUUGUUUACCCUGAGCCUCCUUUCUUAUUGGUACCUGCUCCCUCAGUCCAUGCAGAACUAUUGCCCCCCUAAGCAGGUCGCACCACCUGUCACCCCAGUGUUCACUAUCCUGCUGUGGACAUGGCCUUUUAAUGAGUUCUACUCCCUUCAAGGACUCCGUUGCUUGGGCCCCUGGGCCAGGGAGGCAAACUGCCAAAUCACACUGAACCGCACUUGGUAUGAGCGGGCACAUGCGGUCAUCAUCCACCAUCGGGAAGUGAGUCUCAUGCCCUCUGAGCAGCUGCCCCCCGAACCCCGGCCCCCUGGCCAGCGAUGGGUCUGGCUCAGCCUGGAGUCACCCAGCCACUUAGAUAACCUAGCUGCCAUGGAUGGCCUCUUCAACCUGACCAUGACCUAUCGCACCGACUCGGACAUCUUCAUCCCUUAUGGCUGGCUCAGACCACGGCAGGAGCGGGAGAAUGGCUCCUUAACUCGACCUCCCUUUCCCAAAACCAAGCUGGUGGCCUGGGUGGUGAGUAACUGGAACGAAGACUCCACACGGGUAAAGUACUUCCGGAGGCUACAGCCCUACCUGCCUGUGGACGUCUAUGGGAGAUAUCAUCUGCCAUUACCAGUCAAAAAUCAGCAGAGAGUUCUCUCCAUGUACAAGUUCUACCUGGCCUUUGAGAACUCUCAGCACCAGGACUACAUCACAGAGAAGCUUUGGCAGAAUGCGCUGCAGUCCUGGGCCGUCCCCGUAGUGUACGGCCCGCCGAGGCCCAACUACGAGCGCUUCCUGCCGCCCGAUGCCUUUAUCCAUGUGAGUGACUUCAAGCGCCCCCAGGAACUGGCCGCCUACCUGAAGAAGCUGGAUGCAGAUGAGAAGCACUACUUGUCAUACUUCCAGUGGCGGAAGCACCUGGAGGUGGUAACGAGGGCUGGCUGGUUCCAGGAAUUCUGCAAGGCGUGCCGGAUCCUCCUGGAGCCCCCCACGUACCGGACCCUGCCGGCACUGUCCAAGUGGUUCUCCUGA